CUCUCCUUUUCUAUCAAUUCCAAUUCAAUCUAUUCAUCUUCUCCAAACCCACAAAUGGCCCGUACAAAGCAAACCGCUCGCAAAUCCACCGGAGGCAAAGCUCCAAGGAAGCAACUAGCAACAAAAGCUGCCCGUAAAUCAGCUCCGGCGACCGGAGGAGUGAAGAAACCUCAUCGUUUCCGUCCUGGAACUGUUGCAUUGAGAGAGAUCCGCAAGUAUCAGAAAUCAACGGAGCUUUUGAUCCGUAAACUUCCGUUCCAACGUUUGGUUCGUGAAAUCGCUCAGGAUUUCAAGACCGAUCUGCGUUUCCAAAGCUCUGCUGUUGCAGCUCUUCAGGAAGCGGCUGAAGCUUAUCUUGUUGGGUUGUUUGAAGAUACGAAUCUUUGUGCUAUUCAUGCUAAACGUGUUACUAUUAUGCCUAAAGAUAUUCAACUUGCUCGUCGUAUCAGAGGUGAACGUGCUUGAUGGAGAUGGUUGACUAGGGUUUAGUUGUUUUUUUUGUAUAAAUAUGUUUGAAUGAAGAUGAUGAUGAUGUUGGGUCUAGAAAAUGAUCUAUAUUUAAUCUAAUGGUAUUUUCAUUUAUCA